AUGGAUUGUCCCGAUCCCGACGAAGAGACUUUUUUCGCGUUGUCCGAGUCCCUAAGAAUGACCAAAUCAGCCGUGGGAAGUCCAGGGGACUCUGGUUUCGAGUCUAGCGCUACUGAACCAGACGUAGGCAGCAACAACAUGGACGACUUGAUGAAAACGGGACCUACAACGUUACUUCAUCUUCCACAGAGCGUCAAGAUACGUAUUCUGGAAUACAUUGGACUUGUGCGGCCUUGCCUGAUCAACAUCACGGAGGAAGGGUCCAGAGUCAAACAGGCGACUCAUGGCACGUGCGGUGUGCGCAAUGCAGUCCAGACGCGAGGAAAUUGGGUUACCCACGCGGAUCGGCUCUGUGAUCAUCCUCGGUUGCCCACGCAGGUGCUUAUGGCUUCUCGCGAGUUUCGUGAGGAUCUGGGUGCGCUCUUCUUCGCCCACAAUCGCUUCAGUGUUGUGCUCUCCAAUAAGACUGAUUGGAAUAACUUCUUCGAGGCGGUCGACUGGGCUGCAGAAGAUGUGAGAUAUCUGCAUGUUGAAUUGCGUACUUGGGACAAUCGCUUUAUCAAACCCGGCGGUCAACGCAUGCUGUUGAAGCUGUGGACUCGUUUCUGCAAGUAUCUCCAGGAGCAAAUGGUCAAUCUCAGGUAUUUCAGCCUGAAAUGCAGAGUAAAGGACUUCGAAGUUGCUCUCAAAAUAAUGUGCGCAAUGGACUCGUUCCCUGUUCUUUUCCAGUGUGCCUUCCAUUUCAGUCACACCGUGGAGGAUGAUAUCCGGCCAUUGGCAAAGAGGAACGCACUGAGACUCACCGGCAAUCUUGGAGCCAAACCGUUCUUCCCGUACUUCAAUCUUCCCAAGGAAGUGCAGCUGAUGAUCCUUGAAACCCUGUUGGCGAGCCAGUUGGACCCUUUUCUGCCGUCUUCGGGUAGGGAGCCAGGAGACGUAACUUUCGUAUAUCGCAAGACUAUGCGAGUCACUGAAUCCAAUCCCCUUACUUGCUGUGGCACCUGCUCUCCACUUCAGGCAUUGUGCUUCUGUUUUGCUCGUCAGACGGCAUAUUCUACCUCUUGCUCUUGCUUCUCUUCACCUGUGCGGUAUUUUCUCGUCAAUCGGGCUUUUUACGAAGACGCUCGUCGAAUAUUCUUCUCCAGGAACCGCUUCUUCUUUGUGGAAGAAGAUCCCGAUAUUAUGAUGCGUUUCAUGAACUGUAUCCCGACUGCAUCCUUCAUGAUGAUACGCCGUCUCGUUUUCAAAUUUCCAAAGUUGUACAGACACCCCUGGCGAACCGCAUACAAAAUAUACGAAGCCUCUACAUUGGCGUCUUGGUCAGUUUUGCGCCGUUUCAUCCGUGAACAUUUUGACGUUUCACGUCUUUCGCUUAUGAUCGUGGAUCUCGGCGUUAAACAUCAUUGGAGCCGUCCUGGCUUUAUACGCACCAACUACAUACGCAGGUUGCUCAAAACAUUCGAAGAUCUGCGGGGCCUGCGAGAUUUUCGAGUGUUUCUGAUGGAGGAUCGAAUUUUCGAGUUAGAUGCAGAGCGGAUUGUGAUGGGGAGUGCAGUUGAACGAGGACCCAGAGAUACUGAGUUCCCGUUUGCGGGUAACUAG